AUGACAGAUCGACUGAAAAUGACGUCAGAUUAUCGAGACUCGCGAUUAACUGUUUCCCCAUCGAUAUCUAUCUUUUCGAAAGACCCCGAGAACACGGAGGCGGCCGAUCUGCAGAGGAAGCUGGAAAUGCUGAACAACAUGAUGGACCAGGAGGCGCGGGCCGAACAGGCACGAAGGCAGAUAUUGUACAAUAUAGGCCACUCGGGAUACUCGGAGGACUCCGACUACACGUCGGACUUGAAUUAUCCAGUAGGUGGACAGGGCGCGAACAGCUCGGCCUCGCAAUUUCGUACAGCGGCUAACCAAUUGGCUACACCUCAAAGGUCCCUCGAGACGUCGAGAGAAAAUAGUUACGAGAGAGACGAUCAUCAGGUUCCAGUCACCGUCGGAGGAAGACUGGCGCCAAGCAAUUACGGAAGUUACGGAGGUUCAGGCCACAGUCCGAGAUACGAUGAGCCGUAUCCAGAGGAUGGUCUACCGCAGAGGUACUUGCAGUCCCAGCAGCACCCUUCAGAGUCUUCCGAGCCACUCUUUUACAACAGUAGACCGAGGCACUACAAGGAAUACAGACGACGGAAGCACACUUGGGAUUACGAUGACAGCCAAGACGGCUGGUACAGCGAGGGUUAUGAUUAUCACGGAACGAGGGUCGACGACAGAAUUUAUAGCGAUACUGAAUACUACUCAAACAACACAUCUGCCACAAAAAGACGAGGAAAAGUUCCAUAUAGAAGACCGUCUCUGGAAAGACAAAUGACUCUAUAUGACGAUCACUCGUUUUACGCUGAUGGAUAUAGCAGCGAUGGUAGAGUGGGUAAAAUGAGUGCUACAUAUCCGGAAUCCGAGACGGAUAUUAGGUAUAACGAGUACUACGAUAAUAUAACGGGAUAUGUCUAUCAGGAUGAGAGAUAUGGUCAGGACGACGAAGACAGACAAUGGGACAGCGGAGGGAAACGGUACUCGGGAACAAGUACGCACUAUGAAAAUAAACGAAACAGGAAGACGCUUCCGCAGAGGCCAGCUUCGAGCAUCGGUAUACAUCGGCCAGAGUACAGGCCCACUGUUACCAGACAACGUAGCUACGAAUCGGAAGAACUCGACUAUAAUGGAUACAAUACUCGUCGCCGGAAGGUCUUGCAGCCGCAGCAGCGUCCGAUGUCGCGGCAGGAGGGCGGCACCGGUAAGAAACUACCUCCGACCCCGACCAAGCCGAGCAACGUGGUGGUCAACCGUAAGCUCGCCUCUCUGCCGGCCACGCCGAGCAGACAACUGCCAAAGACCCGAACGCCCUCCGAGGAAAGCUAUUACAAAUCUGACUACAACGAGGAUUAUAAUUACGCUUACCGUAGUCAGGAUAAUCUACCGCAGGACACGUAUACGGAGAACAUUUACAGUCAGCAGCAGACCGGCCAGGUCGAUCAGGUGCACGCCGUUAACAAGACUCACUAUCCUGAGGUGAAUCAGGAUAAUCAGUACGGCUACGCGACGCAGGUUGACGGCCAAUAUGACCAAUCGUAUCCGGAGCAGCAAACGACACAAAACAGCUACGGGCAGCAGACUACAUACCCGCAGCAGAAUUCAUACAAGGACGAGUAUCAGCAACCUUACACGCAACAGAACACCGAAACGUAUCAGCAGGAAUCCUACCUAGACACGACAUAUCCGAUCGCCAGCCAGGCAAACGAUCACCAGUAUACAAAUCAGACGAAGAAUCAGUACGACAAGCCUGACGGUAUGAUAAUCGAGGACAAUUAUCAGGAGAUGGGCUUUAAUCAGAAUAACAUUCAGUAUCAGGAGGACUAUAAACAGCAGGACGUUUAUCAAGAGCAAUACGACGACUAUGGCGUCAGCACUGUACCGUCGAGCGUUUACGAUCAGAAUAACGUCACGAAUACAUAUAAUCAGUAUCAGCCUGAUCAGCAAUAUGAUUCUCAAUAUAAUAUCAAUAAUACGUCGACCGAUUAUCCAAAGACUUAUCAAGAGACGUACAAUCAAGUGCCUGUUACAUCGCAGGAGAACUAUCAAGAAUCUUAUACAAAACAGCCGCAGGAAAAUUUUGUAAAUUAUCAAACGCCAUACAGUAAACAGGAAGACGUGCCUACGACGUACAAGAAUAAUUAUCAGGAACCUUAUCAAGAAAAUUAUCAAGAUGUUUACGACGAGUAUCAGGACUCUUAUCAAGGAUCCUUCGAGGAACAGCGUUACAAAGACAGUCCGGCAACGGCGACGGACAGAAGACAGAGCGAAGUACCCGAGCUCUCCGUGACUACGCCUCGCGGUCAGACAAGGGCAAAUGGUUAUCCGUCGAGCGAAUCAGAAUACAUUUAUCAAGAGAAUGAGGAAUUGAACGCCUCGAGGAGGAAGAAGCUCGGCAAUAAGCGCGAAACCAGUCCGCUUCUUCAGCAGAACACGGAUUCGCUCGAGUCCAGGGACGACGAAUUAAAGGAUUCGUUUGAAACUGCUGUGAGUUCCGUCAACAGCAAUCAAUUGAAGGGAUACAACGAGUACUCGACGGCCGGUGAUUCAAUUUCUGCAGCCGUCACUUUGGUGGAUUCCUCGCCGAAUGUCGCUCAAUCCCAGGCGACUACGAUGGUGAAUCACGUGACUCCCAAUCACGUAACCACCACCGCGAUGGUCCACACCACCACGAAUCUCGUAAACGGCAAACGACCGUUGGCCAGAACGGAUUCCUAUCAGGAGGACAUCAUCGAGGACGAGGAAUAUCCGGAAAUUAUUCCCAAGGAGUCACAGAGAAAAGACUCGCAGCUGUCGCAUCAGAGUCAGCUCAGUCAACACUCUCAGUCGGCGACGCAGAAGCCGAAGCUCACUAGGGGAGACUCUUAUGCUUCGGACAAUUAUCCCGAGGAUAAUUAUAGUCGUAGAGACUCGUAUUCACAACUGCCCAGGAAAGAUUCUUUCUCGUCGACUACCGAAGGAUUCAAGCCGCCUCUCACCAGAACCGAUUCGUAUCAACAGAGAGGAAACAAUUACGGACAGAACUUUACUCCACUUCAAACCAUCUCCAGAGCUGAAAGUUAUCAACGCGGUCACUUCAAGGAUCAAGAAUCGGUAGAUCAGAGCGAUAUCGUUCUGAGUAACGCGAUAAACGGGGACUAUCAGAUGCGGGACGAGACUCUUGAUAGGUACGAACGAGGCGAGGAAGCCUUGCUUCGUAACUCUCGAGAGGGCUCUUUGGUCGAUCAAUAUAAAGGAACCCCGUCUUUGUCGCAUAUUGAAAGUCCGCGUGGGAGCAUAACUAAGCAGGCGUCAUUGGACGAGAGCGUUCAGAUGGACACUCCACCGAGAAGUCCACCGGAACCGCCGCCAGACGAGGAACUUCUGGAGAUGGUCGGAGUCGCACCCGUACCCACACAGCUGAAAGAACGUAAAGAAAUGACGGCGAGACAACGAUGGCACUGGGCGUACAAUCAGAUCAUCAUGCAGCUAAACCUGGGCAGUAGUAGCGUGAGAGGCAGCAUAGGUGACCUAAUGAACAUGAAGAAAUAUGGCGGGUCCAAUUGGAGCGUAAGAAGCGAGACUUUGAUCGCGAAAGCUGUGCCCUUAAGCACAGUAACGACUAGACGAAACUCCCAGGUCGAAAAGAGCGUCGAGGAUGAUCUCGAGGACGAGCAGCAAAAUGAAUCUCCGAUCUCCGGAAAACCCUUGACCUGCGCUCAAAGAACUCAAAGACUCAGCAGACUCAUCAAGAAGCAGAAGCGAAUGAUGGUUCUCAAUCCCGAUACUUUGCAGGGAAACGUGGUGAGUAUUGCAAUUUUGUCAAUUGCUCCGAUAAUUAUAUUGAUGCGAUAUGCGAGAUUGCUGAUUGUGACAGGAGAAUUACCACGUAAGCGUCGGACAAAGGUGGUGAUUCUCGAGACAAUCGAUCGAUCGACGCAUAUAGAACAGAGCUACCGAGAGAUCGAAGACUCGUACAAUUCGCCGUUUGUUUCGGAGUAA